CACGACAGUUUACGUGGCAAUGCGGGUUUGGCCACAAACUUGAUGUAACACAACCCGCUCGUGCAGUAGCGGUAUGCGACUCGACAUGGCGGUCUUUGGCUUUCGCGAACUUUUUGCCUCCAUGUACAUUCCUGGACUUUCGCCAGUGCUGUCAACAAUUACAUGCUUAGCGGGAGUUUUGCUGUUCCUCGCCUGGCAGCGCCAUUCACGCGCAACGUCGGUCCCGCGCUUGGGCCCGCUGCUCACUAUCCCGCUGCUCGGCGACGUUGCAUGGCUUGCAGCUGACCCGACACGCUUCGUGUUCGGCAGGUUCCAGCGCUACGGACCAACCUUCAUCCUGAACCUCAUGGGCGUGCCCCUGUACGUGCUGACUCAGCCCGCCGACCUGCGCGGCCCCUACCGCGACCAGGGCGCGGAGCCGGACGUGCCCUUCUCCUCCUUCCGCCGCCUGAUGGAGGUGGCGCCGGGCCGGCCCUACGACGUGCAGGCCGACAAGGCCGCCCACGGCCCUUGGCGGCGUAUGUUCCUGUCGGCUCUUGGGCCGGCGGGGCUGCAGGCGCUGCUGCCGCGGGCGCAGGCGGUGAUGCAGGCACACCUGGCGCAGUGGGAGGCCGCAGGGACGGCGGCCGGAGGUCGGAGCGGUGGCGGCUGCAUCCCGUCCCUCUUCCGCCAGGUGCGGCUGCUGUCGGUGGAUCUGGCAAUUGAGGUGAUUGCGGAGGUGCCACUGCCGCCCGGCGUGGAGCGCAUCGCCUUCCGGGAACAGCUGCUGUGCUUUCUGGACGGCCUGUUUGGCCUGCCGCUGGCGCUGCCGGGCAGCAGUGUGGCUCGGGCCCUGGCGGCCAAGGAGGAGCUGGUGGCGGCGCUGGGGCCGCUGGUGGCGGCGGACCGGCAGCGCAUGGCCAAGCGGUGGCGGGCGGCGGGCUCAUCCUAUGCGGCGCUGGUGGACACUCUGACAGCCGCAUCUGCGGCUGUGGGAGGGAGCGCUGCUGCUGAGGCAGCGGCGGGGGUGCAGGCUGCGGAGCCGUCAGCAGCAGCAGCGGCCCGGGUGACAGUCCGUGACGCCGUCAUCUCUGGCUUCAUGGCUCUUGGGUUUGAAAGCGAGCGAGCGGCUGCGGUGUCGGUGCUACACGCGGUGGUAGCGGGGGCGGACACAACAAGAUUUGCGCUGUUCAACACGCUCGCGCUUGUGGCCAUGAGUGCGCGCGUGCAGGAGGAGAUCUUCGCCGAGCAGGAGCGCGUGGUGGCCGAGCACGGCCCGGAGCUGUCCGCGCGCGUGCUGGGCUCUGCGGCCAUCACGCCCUACCUAGAUGCGGUGGUGCGGGAGGCGAUGCGGCUGCUGCCCGCCACGCCCGGCAACAUGCGGCGCCUGACCGCGGACCUGCGGGUCGGAGCCGGGAGGGGCGGCCCGGCGUCGGAGCUGGUGAUCCCAAAAGGUUCCAUGGUGUGGCGCUUUGUGCCGCUGAUGCACUGCCUGGACCCGGUGCUGUGGGACGGCGACACGAGCGUGGACGUGCCGGCCCACAUGGACUGGCGCAGCAACUUCGAGGGCGCGUUCCGGCCCGAGCGAUGGCUCAGCGAGGACACAAAGCCGAAAUACUACUACACCUUCGGAUCCGACAACCACCUUUGUGUGGGACAGAACCUUGCUUACAUGGAGGUGAAGCUGCUGCUGGCGAUGCUGCUCCGCAAGUACCGGCUGCAGCUGCACACGCCCGACAUGCUGGCGCGCGCGAGCCAGAUGUUCCCCUUCGUUAUCCCGCGGCGCGGCACGGACCGGGUGCUGCUGGAGCCGCGGUGAAGCGGCGUGGCGGCGGGCUGGGCGGUGCGCGAGGAGGCGGCGGGCGCAUGGUGGUGAGGAGAGGAAUCAGCGGCGGCCCACGCUGCUGGCCAGACAGCGUAGGGCUAGUAGCGCUGCUGCCUCCUGCGCCGACCUAACCUAGUAUGGAUUUUGACGACGACGGCGAGGAUGGGCUCGGCUGGGGUGGCCAUUGGCCGUUGACGAA